AUGGAAACCCACGGAAACCCAAACAACCCUGCGCCGUUCAGCCCUGGACCCCAACCAGGCCCGCAAAUUGGUGCCCUAAGAGAAGUCAUGGUGCCAGCCCCUGCUAGUAAGCCGCUGUCAGUUAAGGACCCUCAAGCACAGAAUGCAGAAACAGAAGAGCCUGUUGCGGCGGCGUCUCAUUCUGACCCACGGAAGAAAAUCCUACUAGCCGUGCAAGUAUUAGAAGAUGAAGUCAAAGAGCUGAACAACUUACUAUCGGAUUCUGUCACUAUGAAUCUUGACCGACGCCUCAAACUUAUCAAAGGUCUUAUGGAGGAGACCAAUCAAAAGGUUGGCCAGAUUGAUGAUGACAGAGCUCAGCCUAAGUCUAAGCCCCAGAAAGAUGAUCCUGCCAUGGUCAAGGCUGACCAACAAGACGACGAGUUGGUUUGCAGCGUGAAGCGCUGUAGUAUGGCAUCGUGGUCAAAAGAACAGCCCAAACCUGAACAUGUUAUUGCCGCCCAUUAUCUUUCCCCAGCUAUGAUCAAUACUACAAGUGAAGUAAGAGUAGCGGGGAAGGGUAAUACCGACCGUCAAGAGCGACCUCAGAGGGUAGAACUGGCAUCUGAUGUUUUAAUUCACGAACUAGAGGACAUUGCGGGCAUUGACCUCGAAACGCAAGCAUCUGUACUAUUGGCGCCUCCCUACAAACUGUUCAUCAAAUACUACGAUGGGAUAUGCGACAGGCUAUUGUUUCUUCAGAACAAUAUACCGUCAGAAUGUAAGAAAUCUGACGAUCCAUAUGAAAUGACAUUUCCGUCAGCCGAUGACGCAAACAGGCCAGAGAAACAAUCAAGUACGGAAGGCGAGCCACCUGAGAGCAAAAAUAACAAAUCAAGCGACAUAAAUGACGACGCAUCGACGAAGCGCAACAAAUGGAUCACCCGUAUGGACCAUCUGAAGCUUCUCAAGGAAUUUAUCGAUAGCGAAUUAACACCACAACUCAAGGUCUUUGCCAAGGCCAAAACUAGUGAUCUUGAAAAGAUCGCCUUCGAGGACUUGUGGUUCUUGUUCUCUGCGGGCGAUGUAGUCUUCUUCAAAGACAGAGGCUAUGAUCGACUAGGCAGAGUAUACGCAGUAACUGGGGGCCAGCAGCGGAAGCGGCGACAUUUGACGCGCUUCGAUCCCUUCGAGGACGCCAAAGGCAAGUCUACUGAAGGAUACGCCUACAACUCGACACGAGGGUCCUGGACCUCACUAACCGUCAACUACUACACAAUGGAAUAUGAUGGCUACUAUCUCGGUCCCAAUGAUGCAUGCAAGCACAUUAGGCAUUAUACUGGAGAACGAAACAUCACAGACCUCCCCAUCUUUCCACUCAGGUUCCACAAAAUGAAAGCCGAGAUAGAGGGACGUCUCAUAGAAAGGGGCAAGAGGUACUGCUCGUCAUAUGGACACAAAAGCUAUAGUGGUACCACUUGUCCAAGUGACAAUAAGGAAUCCCCUGAGGAGAUAUUUGGUGACAUGUUCGUAGACUUCAAGGACUACUACCGCAUGCCCCCAGGUUGGACUCCCUAUGACUAUCGGUCCAGAAAUAUUUACCCACCUUCUAGACCCGAGUUAGGUAAUAUACGCCCCCUAGAGUCAGAUCCCUCUGAGACUCAGGAAAUUUUUUCUAGCGAUACUCAAUACCAUCUGUACGACAAAGAGGUGGACGAUAAAUCGUUCGACGAUUUCAUGAUGUCUCAUCUGAAUGAGCUUGAGGUUGUUAAGCUUGAAACAGACCAAGUACCAGUUGAAAGUUUGUUACUACUCCCUCAUUGGGUCCCUGCGUACUUCUUUCGCACUCGUCGCUAUGAACGCGUUGAUGUGGACAAGAUACAAGAUAUUGACAAGAGUGAUGAAGCUAGGGACAGCAGCUUUGAGAACCUAGUGAUUUUGGAUAGCCAUCGGAGCCUUUUGCUGGGUCUCGUCAGAAACCUUGUAGUGGGAUCGAAGUCAGAUACCGGAGCCCCAGGCGUCGGGGACGUUUCAACACAAAUCGAUAUCGUUCGGGGCAAAGGACGUGGCCUGAUCAUUCUCUUACAUGGGCCACCGGGAUCUGGAAAGACCAGCACUGCUGAGACACUCGCAGCAUAUAGCAGACGACCACUCUAUCCAAUCACAUGCGGAGACCUUGGCACCAGCCCUGAUGCUGUGGAAAGGACUUUGGUGGAGCACACAGAGAGGGCUCAACGAUGGGGCUGUGUCUUACUUUUAGACGAAGCAGACGUUUUCCUAAGUCGUAGGGACUGGCGAGAUACCGACCACAAUGCUUUAGUAUCUGUUUUCCUCCGCCAGCUAGAGUACUAUUCCGGAAUCUUGUUCCUGACCACAAACAGAGUCGGCGUUAUGGACGAAGCAUUCAAAUCCCGUAUUCAUGUGUCCUUGGCAUACCCAAACAUUAAAUUGCAAGACACACUACAGAUAUGGGAGGGUAUCCUAAACCGACUUGAAAAGGACAAUCAAACAGCGAAGAUCAGAGUCAAAUUCGAUAGAAGCGCUCUUCUUUCUUUUGCCAAGAGACAUUACAAGUCUCACGAAAGUACCAACAGUACCUGGAAUGGCCGACAAAUCCGCAAUGCGUUCCAACUAGCCAUUUCUUUAGGACAUCACGAUCGUGAUCAGAAGCUGCGAGCUGCAAACUUGAACGAUGAACAGGCCAUAGCAAGUGGGGUGAAAAAGUGGGCAUCAGUCAGGCUGACCACCUCCAACUUCGACAACAUUGCAACAACGGCGAGAGAGUUUGAAGACUAUCUCCAAAACACCAGGGGGCAUGACAGUGAAAUAGCAAAGAAUCUGUCUUUGCGGCAUGACGAUGACACCGAAGACAUCCCAGCAUCACCACUGUUUAACAGAACGCAAAAGGAGCACAAAGAGCAGAGCAGAGCUUACUUAACCCCUAGGCAUAACAGCCAUGAAAGGGGCACAUCGAGGUCUAGUCCUGGCUAUGGCUCGGGUCGGUUACGUCCAGGCUGGCAGCAUGAGAGCACUGCGGAGUCAAGUAGACAGAGACGAAAUCAAGAAAUCGCAGAUAAACAGGAUAGCAACAACCAAGAGGAGGAAGAUGAAGCUGAUAUUAUUGAUGAUGAUUCCUCUGAUGAGGAUUAA